GGUUGGGGUAUAUAAGGAGUCAGUGAGAAAGCAUCUGAAGGCUUGUUUGAUUCUCUUGCUUGGAGCUAAGCUGUGAAGAAGAGAAAUGACUUGUGGACUUGGUUUGGGGAUUUUGCUGAUUUGCAUAGUUCAAAUAGAGCAUGUGUGUUCAUUGGUUGAAAGAGCACAGAGCUACCAGAACAGCAACGUUGGCCUCCCACUAGCAGAUGGACUGAGACAAUUUGGUAGCUAUCCCCAGAAUCAACUCAGACAAGGCCUCAUUUCUCCACGCACGGUGCAGAGUAGCAGCAGCAGCUUCAAUGCGGAGCCUGUGGUCAAAAGUGGUUAUGGUCAAGGACUCUUCACUAGGAGCCACACACAAGCUCUCCCCCAACCAGCCAGGAGUUCAGUGAGAAAAGUGAAGAGUAGCUUGUUAAAAUUUAACCGACAGAGCCCAGUCUCUCCACGUGCUAGUGCUCCAGCUGAACGACAGAGCCCAGUCUCUCCACGUGCUAGUGCUCCAGCUGAACGACAGAGCCCAGUCUCUCCACGUGCUAGUGCUCCAGCUGAACGACAGAGCCCAGUCUCUCCACGGGCUAGUGCUCCAGCUGAACCAAAGCGCUCAUUUGGUCUUUCUAUCGAUAUUGCAAGUGGAUCCGCAGUGAGUCAGCGAAGUGAAAAGCUUAAGGAUCUCGAGCAGAAAGGUUUGUCUGCUCAGCGGGAAAUGCCACAGCCUAGAAAGCAUCUGUCCAGCAGCCCUAGAUCUGCCCAGAGUCCUUCUAGGGAGCGCUAUUCCUUGAGUUCAGCUUCUCGACAGUCUCUAGCAGACUCUAGAUCCAACAGUCCUUCUGGGGAGAAUUAUCCUUUCAGAUUGGCUUCUCUGCCAACUGCAGCACGGAAAACUUCCUACGCUACUCCAAAGACUUCUUACAACAAGCAAAUGAGUUCUUCUGCUGUCCUGUUUGGCCCAGUUGCUCCUGGACCACGUGAGCGCUACACGAGGAUGCAGACCUUUGCUCGUGGCCCUGCUAAAAGAGUGGUCUCAAGUCGUCGCAGUGGAGCAUCUAAAGCUGCCGUGUUCUCUCCUCGGAUGGAGUCCUCAAAACCAUUUGAGGGUCAAGGAAGCUACAGGCCAAUGAGUCAGGUGCAGAUCUACCAACCCAGCAGCGUCUCCAAAGGAGUCUACAACAUGGCCUUCCCCAGAAGCAGCAGAGUGGACUCGUCAGUUAUGGGAUUUGCCCCAGUGACCGUCCACGAUAUCCCCAACCGUCUAGGGGGCUCAUCAAUCAGACGGCUGAAGGAACCUGACCAGAAAGGGGAGGCCAUCCGAAAGCUUCAGCCCUACACACCUCAUCUCCAACGUGGCCGUUCAGGAUGGAGCAGGAUCCAAGUGCACAAAGUCUAGAAGGAACUGAAGCAAAUCAGGGGUUUGAAAUAAAGAUUAUUUCAUUUAAAA